AUGGGAUCUGGCGCUUUUGGCGGUCAGGAAGGAUAUUAUUUCGGCAACAGUGUAAAUAACGCUAGCUCCUUAUCUGACGGCGGCCGUUUUCUUUCUACAGCAGUUAACAUUCCGUCUAACGGUUCUAAGCUUAAGCCUCGUCGCUCCAGCCUUUCCGUCAGCACGACGACGACGACCAGAAGCGGUUUCCACACCUCCCUCGCGUCGUCCCUAACAUGCAGAAGCGAGCCGCGUCUCUCGUCGUCCAUUGACGUCAGCAGCAGCGCUCGGACACGUCGAUUCGCGCCGUUGACAGCACCCGCGCCUGCAGAUUCGAAGCCCAUUCAGCGCAGCGUCGGCUUUACCGUCAAGACCGCUGCGACUGGCGCUUGCGUCGCCCCUGCUCCCUCGUCCGACAGCCAAGUCGCGCCGCGCUUUGUGCCGCUAGGAGCGGACGGCAAGCCUGGCCUAGCGUCCAUCCAAGAUCUCGUAGAGGAGGUGACGUCAUCGUCGUCAGCUGCUCACUCGACACACUGGCCAGGGCUAGUUACGUCGCUCUCUGGUUCUGCUCCAGGGGUAUGGCGCGUAGGGACGGAUUCAGGCGCGGAGCUUGUAAAUACGACGUUGCUGAGCAUGCCGAAGCUGACCGCUCUUCCCAAUGGCGGCGUCAGGAUGCACGAUUCCGCGGCUUUCCGCCAAGUGCGGUCCGCCAUUGAGAUUGGCCGAGAUCCAGAUGCUCUGUUGUCGGACGACGAUUGGUUGAGAUACGCGCAGAAGAAGCAUUCCGUUUUCUAUGACCCGCUGGUGAAGCUGGCGUUUCAAGUGGCUGCUGACGCUCACCAAGGCCAGUUCCGCAAGAGCGGCCAGCCAGUCCUUUCCCACUGCGUGGAGACCGCGCUCAUCCUCGCUGGCAUCGGCGCCGACAAAGUCGUCGUCGCCGCGGGUCUGCUGCACGACGUCAUCGACGACACUGCGACGUCGGAGCAGGACCUGCGCGACAUCUUCGGCGACGAGAUCGCGUCGCUCGUCGCCGGCGUCAGCAAGCUGUCGCUCGUCUCGCAGCUCACGCGCGACAGUUCGCGACAGCUCACCUCGUGCGAAAUCGACAACCUUCGCACGAUGUUCGUCGCAAUGGCGGACGUGCGCGUGGUCCUCGUGAAGCUCGCGGACCGCAUGCACUGCCUGCGCACCAUCGACGCGCUCCCCGCGCAAACGCAGCGGCGCAUCUCCCGCGAGACGCUGGACGUGUUCGCGCCGCUGGCGAACCGGCUGGGUAUCUGGUCGUGGAAGGCGGAGAUCGAGGACGCGUGCUUCCGCUGCCUGCACCCGCGCGAGCACGCGGACCUGCUCGCGCAGCUCGACCGCACCAGCAGCGGCGGCGGCUCUGGCGCCGGCGGCGGCGGCGCCCGCGGCGGCGGCGCCCGCGGCGGCGGCGCCCGCGGCGGCGCGAGCAGCAGCAGCAGCGUCAGCGGGUUUAAUAGCAGUAGGAGUGGGGGUGUGGCGGAGGAGGGCGUUGCGGGGAGCGGCGGAGGCGGGGAGGCGAGCGUGAUGGCGGCGAUCCGACGGCUGAGCGCAGCGCUGGAGGCGAAGGGAGUGCAGUUCGAGGAUCUUAGCGGGCGGCCGAAGAAUCUCUACAGCAUCUUCAACAAGAUGACCAAGAAGGGCCGGUCGCUGCACGAGAUCAUGGAUGUGCGCGGGCUGCGCCUCAUCGCGGCGGACGAAGCCGCGUGCUACGACGCGCUGGCCGUCGUGCACUCGCUCUGGGAGCCCUGGGCAGGCCGGCACCUCAAGGACUACGUGCGCGCGCCCAAGCCGAACGGUUACCAGUCGAUCCACUCGGUGGUGUGCGGUGACGAUGGGUUGCCGCUGGAGGUGCAGAUCCGCACGCCCGCCAUGCACCACCAGGCGGAGUUCGGCGUGGCGGCGCACUGGCGGUAUAAGGAAGCGGGGUUCCGUGACAAUAACGGGGAUAAAGCGCUCGGGAAAGAGCAGAGCAGCAACAGCAGCAGUAGCAGUAGUAGAAAACAGGAGGUUAAAGGGUCUUCCUCCUCAUCUUCCUCCUCCUCGUCGUCCUCACCCUCCUCGGGGCCGUCGCCAGCGGUGCUGGCGAAGAUAGAAUGGGUGCGGUACGUUCUGUCGUGGUACAGUGAGAUGAGCGACACCAAGCUGCGCCUCUCCCCCCCUUCCAAGCGCCUGUCGCCCUCGUCGCUCUACCUCGCCAGCAUGGCCGCCGUGGGAUGCGGCGCCCCCGCCACCGCCGCCACUGCCACCGCCGCCUCCUCCCCCUCCUGCUCCCCCUGCUCAUCCCCCUCCUGCUCCACCCCAGCCUCCUGCUCCCCUUCCGGUUCAUAUCCGUCUCACUGCAUGGGUGCUUCCGCGUGUGGGAGCGCCUCUGCUGCUGGUGCAUGCAGCACUGGCUGCGACGAAGCUUCGUCCUCCGGGCUGCACGAGCGGUGCCCCUUCCCAGAGCACCUGGAGUCGUGCCGCUUCCGCACCUUCCCCUUCAGCACCUCGCCUACCAGCCCAUUGCCUGGGGAAGGGGUUGCGUUUGCAGCAGCGGGUGCACCGUUUUCGAGUGCGCCUGUGCCGCCGCCAGCAGCAGCGAUGGAGGAAGAGGAGAUCUACGUGCUCGUCAUGGACGGGGAUAGCAUAUCCGUGCGGGAGGUCCCUGCCACGACCACAGUCGCAGCAUUCCUAGAGCAGUACGCCGAGGAGGAGGAAAGCUCUUCAGAUGAGAAGCCUGAGAAGCUCAACGAAGGGGGCUCACCGGAUACACUCCUCUUGCGGGAGCUGUGGCAGAAGCAGGACGAGCUGCGCCUGACUCACCCCCAGCUGACUCACUCCCAGGAGGGAGAGCAGCAGCCAGGAGCAGGCAGGGGGGGGCGGAUGGCUCUGCGGGUCAACUCGGAGGUGGUAGCGGAGGGCGAGGCUGCCAGUCAGAUCCAGCAACCGAAAGGUAGCUGGUUUGUUCGAGGUGGUAGAUAA